GCGAGCGAGUCCAGCACAAACCAGAGAGGCAUCCGCCAGAUUUAUAGGGAGCAGCAAAACUGAAUAAUUCUGCUGCAACUUCAUAAGGGAGAGACUUUCUCGCUGCAAGAGUGGAACUGUGAUCCCUCCGACUGUUUUAGAAAGCGAUUUCAGAUUCAAAAUUGAGAAGUUGCAUUGAUUUAUUAUUUCCAAUUUGGGAUUUUUAUUUAAUUUUUUUUGCUUUGCAAUUUGACUGGCAGUUUUUUUUUGGAGUGCUCUCUCUGUGUCUCUGAGCGUGUCCGGAAGAUGUUUGCGGUGCUCGGACUGGUUUGGCUGUGGUUGUGCGGUGGGAUGGGGCCCGGGCAGGUUCUGGCCGGGAGCUCGGAGGAGAUUGUCACUUACCCAGUGCGGCUGGACCAGGAGGGCCUGGAGCUAGGAGCCGGGGCCAGUCAGGAGCCUGAACCGGGGCAAAGGAUCUUCUACCGGCUCCACGCCUUCGGGCAGCGGUUCGUCUUGGAGCUGGAGCCCGAUCACAGUUUCCUGGCGCCGGUUGUCACCUUGCAGCGGCUCGGGGGUCCUGAGCCCGGUCAAACCCUGGAAGAGGAGGAGGAGGAGGCAGAGCCCGACCUUCGCCGCUGCUUCUACGCCGGCACCGUCAACUCCCUGCCCGGCUCCCUAGCGGCGGUCAGCCUCUGCCAUGGCAUCCAAGGCGCUUUCGUGGUCGACGGAACCCAGUAUCACAUCUAUCCCGUGAAUGGGUCACAGCCAGGGGACAUGCAGCCUCAUUUCAUCCGCAGGACAAGCCUGAGCUCCUCAGACAGCCCUGGCGGCACCAAGUGCGGGGUAAGUGAUCAAGAGGUGCCCCAGACAGCAAAGACCACUGAAACCCAACAGUCUGGAUCCGAGGCCACUCCACCAGAACCCACUGGACACCAAAGAGCCAAGAGGUUUGUCUCCUCGCCUCGCUAUGUAGAGACCUUGCUGGUGGCAGACAAUUCUAUGGCAGAGUUCCAUGGCAGUGGGCUCAGGCACUAUCUCCUCACUUUAAUGUCAGUGGCUGCCAAAUUGUAUAAGCAUCCGAGUAUUAAAAACUCCAUCAGCUUGGUGGUGGUGAAGAUCCUGGUUAUCUAUGAGAAGGAGAAAGGACCUGACGUGUCUUUUAAUGCAGCUCUAACCUUGAGGAACUUCUGUACUUGGCAGAGGCAGCACAACCCAGUCAGUGACCGUAAUCCAGAACACUACGACACUGCUAUACUCUUCACUAGAACGGAUCUGUGUGGAGCCCAGACUUGUGAUACACUGGGGAUGGCUGAUGUUGGGACAAUUUGUGAUCCCAGGCGGAGCUGUUCAGUCAUUGAGGAUGAUGGUCUGCAAGCUGCCUUCACUGCAGCUCACGAGUUGGGCCAUGUGUUUAACAUGCUCCAUGAUGAUACAUGGCAAUGUCUUAAUACCAUUCCUAAAACUGGGAAUUCCCACAUGAUGGCGUCAACACUCUCCAACUUGGAUAGGAACCAGCCUUGGUCUGCCUGCAGUGCUUACAGGAUCACUUCCUUCCUGGACAAUGGGCAUGGUGAAUGUCUGUUGGACAAACCACAGCAGCCUCUACAGCUUCCUAGUGAAUUGCCAGGGAGCACCUAUGAUGCGGAUCGCCAGUGUCAGUUCACCUUUGGGGAAGAGUCAAGGCUUUGUCCUGAUGCAGGCAACACCUGUUCCUUGCUGUGGUGCACUGGAAUGUCUGGUGGGAUGCUCAUCUGCCAAACCAAGCACUUCCCAUGGGCUGAUGGUACUAGUUGUGGGCAAGGAAAAUGGUGCAUGGAAGGAAAGUGUGUUAACCAGACAAGCAUGAUGGGAUAUAGUACUGCAGUUCAUGGGAACUGGGGCCCAUGGGGACCCUGGGGUGAGUGCUCAAGGACAUGUGGUGGAGGUGUACAGUAUUCAUUUAGGCACUGCAAUAAUCCAGUUCCACAGAACGGUGGGAAAUACUGUGAAGGAAAGAGGGUCCAAUACAAAUCAUGCAACACCAUGGACUGCCCCUUUAACAAUGGUAAAACAUUCCGUGAAGAGCAAUGUGAGAUGCACAAUGACUUCUCAAAGUCUGCCGCCUUUGGAGGAAUGCGCACAUUUGAAUGGGUCCCAAAAUAUGCUGGAGUCUCUCCUAAAGAUCGAUGCAAACUUAUUUGCCGAUCAAAAGGCACAGGCAACUAUUUUGUGCUUCAACCCAAGGUUGUUGAUGGCACACCAUGUAGCCCAGACUCCACAUCUGUAUGUGUUCAAGGACAAUGUGUCAAGGCUGGUUGUGACAGAGUCAUCGGUUCCAACAAGAAGUUUGACAAGUGCGGUGUAUGCAAAGGCAAAGGCUUAACAUGCAAAAAGAUUGCUGGCUCGUUUGACCGUUCAAAACCUGGCUACCAAGAGGUUGUAACCAUUCCAGCUGGGGCAACGAAUAUUGACAUUAAACAGCGCAGUCUGCGUGGUGCAAGACAUGAUGGCAACUAUCUGGCAUUGAAAAAAGUUGAUGGUACAUACCUCCUCAAUGGGGAAUACACUUUAUCCACGGUGGAACAGGACAUUUCAUAUCAAGGUGCAACCUUGAGAUACACUGGCUCUUCUGUGUCACUAGAAAGAAUUCGUAGCUAUGGUGCCCUCAAGGAACCUCUGAUUGUUGAGGUACUCUCCGUGGGAGAUUCUUUGCGGCCAAGAAUCAAAUUUACAUUCUUCGCGAAGAAAGAUUUGCAGCAUCAGCCAAGUAAACCCAACUCGAAAAAGGAGUCUUUUAAUGCCAUCAAGGAAACCGUAACCUCUGAGUGGGUUAUUGGCGAAUGGGGAGAGUGCUCCAAGUCAUGUGGUCGAGGGUGGCAACGCAGAGCAGUCAAAUGUAUGGACAUCUAUGGGAGACCAGCCACUGAUUGUGAGAAAGAACUGAAGCCUGAUGACCUUCAACUGUGUGCUGACAUCCCCUGCCCACGGUGGUUGUUAGGAGAAUGGUCAGCCUGCUCUAAGACAUGUGGGAAAGGCUUUAAGAAAAGGUCUUUGAAAUGUGUCAUGCGUGAUGGCCAGGUGCUACCACAGGAGAGCUGCAACAUUUCAAAAAAACCAAAACAUCUGAUUGGCCUUUGCACCAUCCAAGCUUGUAGCUAAGGAAUCAACAAACAUGAAAGACACUUCAAAUCUUUUUUUUAAUUCAUCCUAAAUGCACUGAAAAUAAGGGUUUCCCAAUCCAUUUGUCAUGUGAAACAUGAUAAUCGUUUGACCCAUUUUCCCUUUGACAAUGAAUGUUUGCAUUAGUCAUAACCAAUAAGUAGAUGGACAAUGUUUUGGGGAGGAGGACUGGGGCUAAUCUGAGAAUGCAAUGCUAGCAUUGUUUAUCUCAAGUUAGUAGUUGUCUUAGUUACUAGCGAUGGAUUUUUAAAACCAUGAACUUUCACUGUUGACAGUGAAAUCAGGUCUUCCUCAUUCUUUGAUAACCAUGUUAAUCCCAAAUUCACGAGUGCCACUGGCGAACUUACAUGACCACAUUUUGUUACAAAUGAAAGAACACCGGACUCUUUCUCUUUUUCCUGCAAAAAUAUAUUCUCUUAGAGAACACAAUCCCUGGAAAUUGCAAGAAUAUUUUGUUUUAGAUAGUUUCUAUAAUGUUCUGCUAGUUCACUGGCGUUAGGAUACUUGUACCACUAGCUGUUAUAGUUAGUGUUCCCUUUGCAGAAUAAUAUCUAUCAUUGCCAUUGGUACGAAGAGGAAUAAGUAUCAGUUAAUUGUUGUUUCACAAUUUGGAGGCUAACAAUCCCAAUUUUGCCGGUUAUUAUUUAGUUGAUUAUGCCCUUCACCCUGUGACCCAUGUCUCUCAAAUCAAGAUGACCUUGCAGUCUCAAGCUUUUGGAAUGUGGAGGGCCAAUAAAUGCUGGCCAGCCAACAAUGUCCAUGUCCCACAGAUGAAUAUAAUAAAAAAUUAGAAAUACUGUGGUCCGCACCUGCCAAUCUCUGUGGCUAUGAACAAGACUCCCAUUUUGUUUUGCAAGGGUCAAGUUCAAUUUAUUUUGCAUAUGCUAAUUUUUAAAAAAACUUUGCAAAUUUCUGCCUUAAGUCGUUGCAUGGAAUGAUGGUAUUUACCUGGCAUUAGAUAUAAUACUGAAAACCAAAGGUGGCAAAAGAACCUUGGAAUGAGAGCUGUGUUAGAUGUUUGCAACUAGGAACCCAUUAAGACUCCACAUUUGCCCUUACAUUCUAGGCUUCAGUGGGGUAUUUGGAAAAUCAUCCAGAAUUAACACAAAUGAUCAUUAGAUAAUGAUUUUUUUGCUGCAACUGAUAUUUGUGGGGACAGGAUUAAGCUCAAUGAUAUGCCCCCACAGCCAGAUGCAUAUAAGAUGUAUGAACCUAGACAAAGAGUAAAGGAUGGUCACAGAACAAAGUAAUUGAAAACUGUCCCCGAAGAAGAGCCAGUACUUUGGAAAGCAGGGUAAAAUUGGUUUGGGAUCUGUAGGUGUGAGAAGGGAUUUUUUUGUUAUUUUAUCCUGGCUUCAAGGUACUGUCAAGUAAUAUCCUAAGGUCCUGACAUACAGGUUGAUACUAGUCAUAGUUUCACCUGCUGACCAAAUCAGUCCCACCUACCUCAGUGAUGAAGGGCAAGAUUUAUCUUAUUUAAGAAAUAAAACAAAACAGCUUAAACUAUGUUAUACAUCAGCUGCUAUUAAUACAAAGCUACAGAUUUGAAAUCCGCAAUUACAUGAGGAAUGUAAAUAUUAAACCAGCACCAAGGCCAAUAUGGUGUACUUUAUAAGUAAGAGUAUUAAAUCCCUUCUGUGAAGGAUCAGCAUUUUGUACAGAUUUCAAAUAAACUUAUUUAUUUUUGUAAAGCUUUGUAUAAUAAUAUAAUCUUUAAGUUAUCGCUUUUUUAAAAAGGAACAAAGAACAUUUAACAAGAAUAGACUAUUUAUACAGUAUAAUGUGUCACUAGGAGAUAAUAAAAAUGGUUGAAUUCUCAA